AUGCUGGUUGAGCUGGGUAGUGGUGCUUCUUCCAAAACCCGUCCGGUUAUAGAGGCCCUGCUUGAACGACAAGGAGAACUGACUUAUGUGCCCGUGGACAUAGCGAAAGACUACAUUCGGGAAGUCUCGCGAGAACUGGAGCGAGAGUACAACGCCCUAACGGCGGAGCCCUUUGGGGGCCUGUACAUGGACGGGUUACGUCAUCUUGCUGGUCGCCCGGAGCCCAAACUUCUCCUGUUCCUCGGCAGCAGUUUUGGUAACGUCCCCAUUGACGAGCAGCUUCCCAUGAUGAAUGAAAUAAGGGCACGUCUCAAAGUCCAGGACCGCUUCUUGCUGGGGCUGGACAUGAACACUGAUCGCGAGGCCGUCAUCAGGGCUUACCGGGCAGAGUUUACACGAUGCCCAUGGCUGGAUAACUUCAUCGAUCGGCUGAACAAGGACUUUGAGGCAGACAUGAACAAGAUGGCGUUUGAAGACACCGUGGAUUUUUUGGAGAACCCUGCUUACGGGGACACGCCCAGCUAUGUUCAGCAAUAUCUCAAAAGCUCUACAAAACAACGGGUGCACCUGAGAAAGCUUGGUGUUACCAUAGAUUUCCUGGCUGGCGAGAGGCUGUACCUGUCAGAAGGUCAGAACUACAGCUGUAAAUACAGCGAGCAUCAGGUGCGCCGUCUGGUGGAGAAAAGCAACUUUGCAGUUGAGGGCUUCUGGGUCAACGAAGAAGCCAAAUACUGUGUGGUGUGCUUGGUCCCAAAUGAAAAGUCUGAUGCAGCUCCGGGACAAGCCACCAUCAACCUUGCCAGAUGUGUGGCCAUGGGACCCGUCGGUGGCAUGCAAAGAGGGGUCAAGAUGCACCAGGGAACCUGUUAG